UGAUGAUGGUGGUGAUACAAGCUUGAAGAUGUUUUCAGUUUUGUUUAUCUGGCGUGCGGUUUAAUGUUUUUCUGUGUUGCUACAAAUUUGAUGGUUAUUUGAAAUAUUUACAUACAUAUUUAAAUAGUAUUUCAAUUCAAAAUACACAUUUAAAAUUUUUGGGAAAUAACUAAAUGGCUUUUCUAGGGCAGAUAGUUAAGCAUCGGUAGAAGGUCGUUGGAAAUCAGUUAACUUACAAUAUUUAUAAUAUUUUACAGAAUUAUAUUGUAAAACUUCUCUCAAAGACUACAAUCGUUUGAAUCUUUUGUAAAGUUAAAGUGAUUUUUACUGUGUUCUAUUAAUUAGUUUGUGGAAAGUGACUAAGCUGGAACUAAGUUGAGGUUAUGUUUAAUUCUUUAUUAUUUCUGAAAAAUUGCAUUUAAACUAUGCAUACGGUAACUAAAGAAUUUAUAUUAUAAUUAUUGUAUAUGUAUAAAUUUUUAAAAUUCUUUUUUAUUCAUUAUGUGUGCUAAGAGUUUUUAUUGUGUGCUUUAGAAAUUAAAAUAGGGUGGUUUACUUGCUCGAACAUUAUAAACAAACAAGAAACAACCAUGGCAGCCCAAUCUUUCUACAGUAUGAAAUGGGAAAAUUACUUGUAUCAUGUCAGUGAUCUUUUUAAUCAACUUCUACAAACUGGCUCUAUGUCUGAUAUUACUCUGUAUGCCGAAGGAACAAAGAUAAACUGUCAUAAAAUACUUUUGUCAGCCUGCAGUCCAUAUUUCCAGGAAAUUUUAUCAGACGUCGGCUCAGAAAAAACAGCAAUUGUAAUAAGUGGUAUAGAAGGCGAAGAUGUGAAAUCGUGCAUUGAGUUUAUCUACAAAGGAGAGAUCAAUGUAAAGGCUGAUCGUUUAUGCUCAGUUUUAAAAGCAGCUCAAGUUCUGAAGAUUUGCGGACUCACUGAUAAGUUGUAA